CCGAGCCGGGGUCCUGCCGCGCCGCGUUCUCACGUCUCGCCCGCCCGCGGCCGAUCCUCCGUCUCCGGCCGAGCUCAGCGGUGUCCCUUUCCCGGGAGACGGGGGACCCAGCUGGGGUACGGUGGCUCCUGGGGGUCUUCCUUCAGUUCCCGGCUGCUUGCACGCACACACACUCCGCUUUAUCCAGCGGUGUGUGAUGGCCGUGCCCCCCCGGGGCUGCUCCUGCUGCCCCUGGAGCCGGUUUAGAACUUUCUCCGCUACCUGCAGGGUACGGGCCCCUCGCUGCCGUGCUUGGGGCAGCGCCAUCCUGUGGCCUCAACCAGCCUCGGCCUUCCCAGACGCCCCAGGGGUGGCUCCCGAGGGCCCCCGGCGAGGGCCAGGUGUCCCUCCCUCGGCCGCUCCCUGCCGGCGCUGAGCGGCAGCUGGGUCCCUGGGUGCAGGCAGGGCUGUGGCAGCUGCCGCUCUGGACCGAAGGCAGGGGUCCCGCAGCGCCCCGGGCCGGCUGCUGACUGUGGCAUCCGCCGGCGGCGGGUUGCGGCGCUGCUCCGGGGGUGAAUCCGCAGCCGCUUGGAGGCGGGGGGGGAGUUUCUUGGGAGUCAGCCGUGCUGUGGCUGCAGCCAGGUUAGCAGGAGCCGGGGGGGGGAACGUUGGCAGCGGGGCCCCCAGCACCCUUCCCUGCCGAGCGGCCGGUGCUGCCGCUGCGCUGGGGCCAAGGGCAGGGCUGUGCCAGCCCCGCCAGCCUUCCGUCAGCCGGGGCGCGGGCAGCGAGCGCGGCUGAAGCCGCCGCGGCCCUUUCCCCGCGGCUGCCGGGCGGCGUUCCGCGCUGUGCGCCUUUAAGGAGCGCGGCCGUGGCGCCGUGACGUGGGUGGCACAGGGCCAGGGAGGGCAGCCGCCGCCUGCCAGCCCCGCCGAGGAGAAGCACAACAACGUCUGUGCGUGGCCGCCGGCUGCCAGCGCUCAUGGCGGAUUCAACCCGGCACGCCCCCGGUCUGGGCAGUGACCUGGCAGCUGUGCGAAGAUGCCUCUUCACGAAGCAAGAGCUGCGGCUCUCCUUGCUUGGGUGAACAGCACAAAAGCUUGUACUCAUCCCCUUGAUGAUCUGUCACAGCUCCAGGACUGCAGUGUCUUCAUCAGAAUCAUCAACAAAAUCCACAGGAGCAAGGAGGGGGAGUCUGUGCUGGAGCAGCCACUGCCAGAGAGGAUCUCCUUCAUCUGUGGCUUCCUGGAGAAGUACUGCAAGCACAAACUGGCUGCAGAGAACCUGGUCUUGUCACAGAAACUCCUGGAGGGAGAGGAGCUGGCGUUGGCCAAGGUGACUGUGCUGCUCCUGUAUUACACCUCCAUGAGCUGCAAGAGCCCUGAGGACUGGAAAGAGUUUGACUAUGAGACCCAGGUUGAGCUGGCAUCAAUCCUCAAAUUUGUGCUGGAUAGUGAGGAAAGCCUGGAUGAAAGCCUGGAGAUGUUUCUGCAGAGGAAAGCACCGUUGUCUGCAUCCAGCAGCAGCUCCGAGGAGCACUCCCUGCUGUUCUCCUUCCCACACAAGCAAGAACUGCGUUUUCUGGAGCUGAAGAAUAUUGUGUCCUCCUCAGAUUCACCGCUGCCCAGCACACCGUUCUUGCCCGUGGGGGGAGUCAUGCAGACCCCUCAGUUCCAGCUGCAACGCCUGAAGAAGCAACUGGCUUUUGAGAGACAGAACCGGGAUGAGCUGGAGGUGGAGCUGGCAGAGAAUCUCAAGCUCAUUAUGGAGAAGGAGGCUCAGAUCACUGUGAUGCAGCAGCGGAUUGAUCACUUAGUUCUGCUCAACAAGAGGCAAGCUGCAGACCAGCUGGAGCCAAAGGAAAUGGAGGAGCUGAGGGAGAGGAAUGAGAGCCUCACGGUGCGCCUGCACAACACCCUCAAGCAGUGCCAGGACUUGAAGACUGAAAAAGGCCAGAUGGAGCGGAAAAUCGACCAGCUCUCUGAGGAGAACGGGGACCUUUCCUUCAAGCUGCGGGAGAUUGCCAGCCGCAUGGUCCGGCUGCAGGAAGCCCUGAAUGAGCUCUCGGAGGAGCACAACGUGACCCUGGCACAGUCGCGGGAAAAGCAGGGACAGCUGGAGGAUGAGCUGUGUGCUUCCCUGCAGGAGAAGAAAUACUUAGAAGAGAAGAUCGAGAUUCUCCAGGGGAAGAUUUCUGUGCUGGAGGACCAGCUGGCCAAGCUGGAGGACUGCAGCACCCAGGAGAAGGGAGAGGUCAUGGGUGACAUACUGAAGCUGGAAGAGCUGAAGCAGGAGGUAUCCAGCCUUGUCACUAAAGGGGCUGAGCUCCAGGCCACCAUCCUGCGGCUGGAGGAGGAGAAGCAGCAGCUGAGUGGCCUUGUUGCCAGCCUUCAGAGCUCCCUCUCUGAGAGCCACCAGGCCAGGGAGAGGCUGGUGCAGGACCUGCAGGCAUGGGAGGCCAGCGAGCCCAGCAGGCAGCAGGAGCAGGAAGUGGAGGUAAAGAAACUGUCUAGGGAGUUGACCCUGCUGAGUACCAGGCUGGAGGAGUCACUGCGGGAGAUGGCACGCCGGGAGGAGGAAGCUGAAUGCUUGCAUCAGGAGGUGGAACGGGCCAAGGUGGACUGUGCUGCUGAGCGAGCCUGUAAGGCAGAGCUGGAGGAACAGCUGCAAAACUCGCUCAAUGAGCAGAGGGUGCACCAGGAGGAGCUGGCCCGAUGCUGGGAGCUGAUGAAGGAGAAGGAUGGGGAGCUGGAUGAGCUCCGCCAGAAAAACAUCUCACAGGAUGAAGAGCUGAGGGACCUGCAGAAGACUGUCAGCAAGCUGAAAGGAGAGCUUUCUUUGGAGAUGGCCAAGGAGCGGGUGCCCAAAGGGGACAAACUGCAGGGAUUCUCAGAGGCCACCCAGAGCAGGGAUGUGGAGGGGGACAACAUCAAGGCUACCUGCUCAAAAGAGAUGUCCCUCAAAAGCUUGGAGGAGAAGACUCAUGACAGGGAGCAGGAAGCUGGCUUGAGCCAAGACCUUUACCAGGGGAAGCUGAAGGAGAGCCAUGUGCUUAGUUUGCAAGUGGAGGAGCUGGCGCAGCAGGAGGCUAUGGCCACCCUUGAGCAAGUGGAAGCCAAGGCGGAAAUGGCAGAGGCUUUGAGGGAAGCAGCCCAGCAGAAGGAGAAGGCAUUGGAGCUGCAGAAGGAACUACAAAAGGGCAGGGAGCUGACCCAGAGCAAAACAGCUGUCACAGCUGCUGAGAAGGAGCUGGCAUCCCUCUCUUCUGCAGUGCAGGAGAAAGGCUGGUCAGAGGAGAGCUGGAAAGAGGAGCUGGAGAAGCAGCGGUUGACUAUCAAGGCUCUGAAGAGAGACCAACAUUUCCAGAGAGAGCGGGAGGACAAGCUGCGUCAGGAGGUGAAGGUCUGCCAGGACCAGUGCCUCCAGAAGGAGCAGCAACUUGCUGCCCUGCAGCGGGAGUUUAACAGUGCCCAGGUGGAGCGUGCCUCCCUGGAGAGCCAGCACUGCCAGGAGCUGGAGCAGAGGGCGAAAACCCUGGCUGCUCUACAAGCAGAGCUGGCAAAGGCCAGGCUGGAGGCGACUGAAGUGCCAUCCCUGCGGGAGCGAUUAGCAGAGAAGGACUGGGCCAACCGGCAGCUGCAGGUAGAGGCAGCAGAGCAGGCGGCACGGCUGGCAGGGCUGCAGCAGGCUGAGGAGACCUGGAGCCGUGGGCAGCAGUGGCUUGAAGCGGAGCUGGGCCGGUUCAUGGAGCAGCAUACGCAGAAUAUGAAGCGGCUGCAGGAGCUGGCAGCCAGCAGUCAGCAGGAGGCUGAGGAGGUAUUGCGCAAGUUGGAGAUAAGGACUAAUGAGUAUGAGACCAGCAAGGCAGUGGCUCUGGAGGAGAAGAGGAGGAUGACUGCUCAGGUGGAGGAGCUGAAUGAAAAGCUGACCCAGCACGAGAAGGCUGUCCAAACCCAGGAGCAGAGAGUUAAGGUGCUGGAAGGGGAACUGCGGGCAGAGGCCACCCGCCAGCAGGAGAAGGUGGCAGAGCUUCAGGCACAGCUCACCCAGAAGGAACAGGCAGCCAAGCACUACAAAGAGCAGAUGGAGAAAGCAAAAAUGUGCUAUGAUGCAGAGAAGCAGCAGAACCAGGAUCUGGCAGAGAAGCUGAAGGCCAUGGAGCAACUGCAGAAAGAGAAUGCGGAGCUGCGGAUGGAGUCAGAGAGGUUGGCCAAGGAGCUGGAGCAGAGCAUCCUGCAGGUCAGGGAGUCAGAACUGAGCUGCCAGAACCUCACCAGCCAGGUCUGCAGUCUGGAGGCUCAGGUGGAGCUUGCCAAUCAGCAGCUACAGGAGCUUGGCAAGUUCCAGGGGGCAGCAGACACGCUGAAGGGCCAGGAGACUUUCUGCCAGAACCCUGCUGAUCUCAGCACUGACAGCCUUGACCUCGGCGUUGGUGAAGCACAGCCACUUAAUGCCACCAGGAAGGCUGGCUGCCCACAGCUGGAGGCCUCGGUGCCACCAGGCAAUGAAGAGUCACUGGCAUCCAAGCAGCUGCCCCGCAAGGCAGAAUCCCUGGAGAGCCUCCACUUCGCUCCUCGCCACAGCCACAGGCAACUCCACCUGGGGACCAGUGCCCACUCCCUGGGUGACCUCUCGCUUCACUCCGGGGACAAGACCCCACCGACCUUGAAAGUGAGUGGUGGGUCCCCUGGGUGUGGGGCAGGACAGGGAUCCCCUGCAGAAAGAGAUAUGGCCAAGACUGAGCAACUGGACAGUGCUGAUAUCUCCUGUACCACCUCAGCAGCUCAGCCCCCAAAUGCUGCUCCUGGCACCUCCACAGGGUCUCUCACCAGCAUCCCCUCCCGGGAGGCCCUCAUCAAGCAGGAAACCUCCUCCCCACAGGAGCCCCCCAGCAAUCCAGCACUGUUGGGCCUCCCCGGCUACCGGCCGGUCACUCGCAGCUCUGCCAGGCAGUUGCAGAGCGGGGACAGCUCCAGCCUUGACCAGAGCAACAUCUACCUGGGCACAUGCCAGGAUGAGCCAGAGCAGCUGGACUGGCAGCGCAUUGCAGAGCUGCAGCAGCGUAACCAGGCCUGCCCGCCCCACCUGAAGAGCUGCUACCCCCUGGAGAGGACCUCCAGCGGGACCAUCACCGAUGAGCAGGUGAAGACUGGUGACCCAGAGGAGACACUGCGACGAUUCAGCAUGCAGCCCCCUCAGAGGGCCACUUGGCACAGCACCCUGGCUGGCAGCUGGCAGCAAAGGAAGCACCUCCUGGAUGAGUCCUACCAGGAGACUGACACCCCCCAGUCAAAGAAGUGGAGCAGCUGCUUCCUGCUGCCCCAGCCCCGCAGGGAAUGCAGUGAGCCGUGCAGCUCUGAGGGCCUGAGCAAGCAGCCAGGCCCCAGCGGGCAGGCUGAGAAGCAUCAGCCACCCCAGGACUUCAGCAAGCCGUGCAGCUUGCCAGGCCCCAGCGGGCAGCCAGGCCCCAGCGGGCAGGCACGAAAGCACCAGUCGCUGGGGUUUAGCAUCCUCAACACGCCAAAGAGGCUGGGGACCAGCCUGCUGCGCCGGGCGGCUUGGCAGCAAACCUCAUCCAAGAGAUCUGGCAGCAGCACCCGCCGCUCACCCCGCAUUACUGCUGCCAAGGCCCCCAAGGACAAGGUAGGCACAGCCAACCCCCUGCAGCAAGCUCCCCAGCCUUCUGCAAUGGGGGGCAUUGUAAGGAGAAGCACAUGCUCACCCCAGUGCCCCAAACCCCUGCCCUGGUCUCAUGGAGGCAAGGGGGGGGGGAACCAGUCCCUGCAGUGCCACGGAGGCAGCAGGGUCCAAGUGUGGGCACAGCCACCUCCAGGGCAGUGGCCAUGGUUCACAGUCACUAAUGUCUCCUCUCUGCUUUGUCCCUUCCAGGCCAGUCACCAAGAAAAGAAGUCCUGAGGUGCCCUGCCUGGGGGGGAAGUAUCUCCUAUCUCCCCCGUGCUCGCUCUGCCCUGGACCCAGUCUGCACCCCCCACUUCCCUCUGCCCACCCAGCACUGUGGAUACAUCCCCAGGGGGGAUGGGGCUAGACACUGCAAAUUUUCUAUUUGUAAAAUUGUAUUUUUUUUUCCUGC